AUGAUUCCCAUAAACAAGAAACACACCAAACCACCCUCUCCCAAUCCAGGAAAAGAUGAACCUUCCACCUCUAAAUCCCAAAAUUCACCUUCUACCUCUAAUGGACCACGACAGUUAAUUGACCCUGAUAAUUAUACGGAGAUGUGGAAAAAUGUCAAACCGUUAACUGCAGAAGAAGUUCUGGCCAAGCUAAAUGAAUUUGGAUCAUCAUCUGUAUUGAUUAAUCAAUCUGGUGACAGUAUGAUUCCCAUAAACAAGAAACACACCAAACCACCCUCUCCCAAUCCAGGAAAAGAUGAACCUUCCACCUCUAAAUCCCAAAAUUCACCUUCUACCUCUAAUGGACCACGACAGUUAAUUGACCCUGAUAAUUAUACGGAGAUGUGGAAAAAUGUCAAACCGUUAACUGCAGAAGAAGUUCUGGCCAAGCUAAAUGAAUUUGGAUCAUCAUCUGUAUUGAUUAAUCAAUCUGGUGACAGUAUGAUUCCCAUAAACAAGAAACACACCAAACCACCCUCUCCCAAUCCAGGAAAAGAUGAACCUUCCACCUCUAAAUCCCAAAAUUCACCUUCUACCUCUAAUGGACCACGACAGUUAAUUGACCCUGAUAAUUAUACGGAGAUGUGGAAAAAUGUCAAACCGUUAACUGCAGAAGAAGUUCUGGCCAAGCUAAAUGAAUUUGGAUCAUCAUCUGUAUUGAUUAAUCAAUCUGGUGACAGUAUGAUUCCCAUAAACAAGAAACACACCAAACCACCCUCUCCCAAUCCAGGAAAAGAUGAACCUUCCACCUCUAAAUCCCAAAAUUCACCUUCUACCUCUAAUGGACCACGACAGUUAAUUGACCCUGAUAAUUAUACGGAGAUGUGGAAAAAUGUCAAACCGUUAACUGCAGAAGAAGUUCUGGCCAAGCUAAAUGAAUUUGGAUCAUCAUCUGUAUUGAUUAAUCAAUCUGGUGACAGUAUGAUUCCCAUAAACAAGAAACACACCAAACCACCCUCUCCCAAUCCAGGAAAAGAUGAACCUUCCACCUCUAAAUCCCAAAAUUCACCUUCUACCUCUAAUGGACCACGACAGUUAAUUGACCCUGAUAAUUAUACGGAGAUGUGGAAAAAUGUCAAACCGUUAACUGCAGAAGAAGUUCUGGCCAAGCUAAAUGAAUUUGGAUCAUCAUCUGUAUUGAUUAAUCAAUCUGGUGACAGUAUGAUUCCCAUAAACAAGAAACACACCAAACCACCCUCUCCCAAUCCAGGAAAAGAUGAACCUUCCACCUCUAAAUCCCAAAAUUCACCUUCUACCUCUAAUGGACCACGACAGUUAAUUGACCCUGAUAAUUAUACGGAGAUGUGGAAAAAUGUCAAACCGUUAACUGCAGAAGAAGUUCUGGCCAAGCUAAAUGAAUUUGGAUCAUCAUCUGUAUUGAUUAAUCAAUCUGGUGACAGUAUGAUUCCCAUAAACAAGAAACACACCAAACCACCCUCUCCCAAUCCAGGAAAAGAUGAACCUUCCACCUCUAAAUCCCAAAAUUCACCUUCUACCUCUAAUGGACCACGACAGUUAAUUGACCCUGAUAAUUAUACGGAGAUGUGGAAAAAUGUCAAACCGUUAACUGCAGAAGAAGUUCUGGCCAAGCUAAAUGAAUUUGGAUCAUCAUCUGUAUUGAUUAAUCAAUCUGGUGACAGUAUGAUUCCCAUAAACAAGAAAGACACCAAACCACCCUCUCCCAAUCCAGGAAAAGAUGAACCUUCCACCUCUAAAUCCCAAAAUUCACCUUCUACCUCUAAUGGACCACGACAGUUAAUUGACCCUGAUAAUUAUACGGAGAUGUGGAAAAAUGUCAAACCGUUAACUGCAGAAGAAGUUCUGGCCAAGCUAAAUGAAUUUAGAUCAUCAUCUGUAUUGAUUAAUCAAUCUGCUGACAGUAUGAUUCCCAUAAACAAGAAACACACCAAACCACCCUCUCCCAAUCCAGGAAAAGAUGAACCUUCCACCUCUAAAUCCCAAAAUUCACCUUCUACCUCUAAUGGACCACGACAGUUAAUUGACCCUGAUAAUUAUACGGAGAUGUGGAAAAAUGUCAAACCGUUAACUGCAGAAGAAGUUCUGGCCAAGCUAAAUGAAUUUAAAUCAUCACCGUAG